AUGACCAGCCCUGACGAGGCGAGAAACAUAUUACACGAGGACUUGCACGUCCUCCUGGCUACUGUGCCGAUGGCGGAUAAGCUGAUCGUCCUUGGUGACUUUAGCGUCCGCGUCGACACAGACCAUGCUGUCUGGAGAGGAGUGCUGGGUUCCCAUGGUCUCCAAGGCUCCAAUGAAAAUGACCUAUUCCUCCUACGAACCUGCGCAGAACACCGUCUCAUCCUGACAAACAUCUUCUCCCGCCUUCCGAAGCGAGAGGAGGCCACCUAA